AUGCAAACCUCUCGGGUGCGAGUGGUCGAGGAAGUGGAGCAUCUGGUCUCAGCCUUUUCAUCUGAAGGCAAGACGACCGUCUUCGUGGCCUUGGAUAGCAAAGUGGUGGGCUUGAUCACGCUGGCCGACACGCCCAAGCCGGACGCCACAGAAACCGUGGAGCUGUUACGUAAGCUCAAAAUCAAGGUCAUGAUGCUGACUGGCGAUAAUGAACGGACGGCACAAGCCAUUGGCGAGCAGCUGGGUAUUACCAACAUUAUUGCCCAGGUCCUGCCCUCGCACAAGUCGCGCGAGGUGGCGCGCUUGCAGGCCGAAGGCGAGGUGGUGGCCAUGGUGGGGGACGGUAUCAACGACGCACCGGCCCUGGCACAGGCUGAUCUGGGCUUUGCUGUUGGCACCGGCAUGGACGUGGCCAUCGAGGCAGCGGAUGUCGUGCUUAUGCGCGAUCACCUGACCGAUGUUCCCGUGGCCAUUGAUCUGUCACGGGCAACGGUGCGCCGCAUUCACACCAACUUUAUCUGGGCCGUCUUGUAUAACCUAUUCAGUAUUCCCAUUGCGGCCGGCUGCCUCUUUCCCGUCGGUCUGAUGCUCCGGCCUGUUUACGCGAGCAUGGCCAUGGCGCUCUCUUCGGUCUCCGUGGUCACUUCGUCGCUGUUGCUGCGGCGCUACAAGCCCCCAGGCUACGCCCGCCAGGAUGGCUAUCAGGGCGAAGUCAUACCUUUGUGGAGGCAGAUCUGGCAGGCCCUCACUGGUGGCUUGCACACAAACCGUGGCUACCAGCGCAUGGAACAGAGCAUGGACGACAGCAUGGCCUAG